AUGGAUUAUAUUCAGACGUUGUCAGUGUUAGUUCGUGGAAGUCUUCAAGAGAAACUUCAAUGGAUAUUCAAAUUUUAUGACGUCGAUGAUAAUGGAAAAUUAACAAAACAAACUUUAGAAAAUAUACUACGCUCAUUAUAUGAUCUGUUAGGAGCAAAUAAUUGUGUGUAUCCACCCGUAUAUGAAGAUACAAUCGAGAAACAUUUGGAUAUUAUUUUUAAAAAAAUUGAUCCAAGAAAUCUGGGAAGUAUAAACGCAGAAGAUUUUAUUAAAUUCUGCUUACACGUAAGUUGUUUGUGAAAUCUGUGGAAAUAACUGAGACAGUUUGUUCAACCAACUUAUAGCGUAUCGUAUUUAUAAACUGUGAAACGCAAUCUUGAUUUUGUACCAGUCAAUAUAAAGUACCGAUGCUAGCAUUAACACUCGAGGGAAAACAUAUAACUCAAUUAUGUCAGAAAAUGAGAUGAUUAUUAGACGAUAAAUCUUUUUUAAACUUUCCAUCUCACUAAUGUGAUGAACUAUUAUAAUAAGCUUUGCUUAUCAAGAAAAACAUGAUAAUCAAAAGCAAACGAAAACAAAAAUCUAUAGACAAUUAGAACUUUUUCAAACACUUCAAUGAUUCCAGAACGUUAAUCCAUUUCUAUUUUAAUCGUUGUUUAGGACGAAGAGGUGGUGAAUACAAUCGAAGCUCUUUCGUCAACAGCUGUCUGAUUUCUUUUUCUCUUUUUUCUGUAUGUUAUGUA